AUGGCAUCCCCUCAGAAAAUCUCGACCACGGCAACCGAAAUUCUGGGUAUCAAGCACCCAGUUCUGCUUGCCGGUAUGAAUAUGGUCGCCAGUCCUCGUUUGGCUGCCGCUGUCACCAAUGCCGGAGGUUUGGGGGUCAUUGGAGGCGGUAGCUACACGCCUGAACAGUUGCGUGACAGCAUUCGCGAGCUGAAAACUUUUCUACAUGACAAGAAUGCCCCGUUCGGCGUGGACUUGUUGAUCCCGAAAGUCGGAGGCGGUGCUAGAAAGACAAACUACGACUACCUUAAAGGGCAGCUUGACAACCUAGUAGGAAUCAUGAUUGAAGAAAAGGUGAAGAUCUUUGUUUGUGCUGUGGGUACUCCUCCCAAACAUGUGGUUGAUCGCCUACAUGCCAACGGGAUCCUAUACAUGAACAUGUGCGGCCAUCCUAAGCAUGCAAAACGCGCCGCCGAGUUAGGGGCUGAUCUUGUGUGCGCGCAAGGUGGAGAGGGCGGUGGCCAUACAGGCGACGUUCCUACGGUUGUCCUUAUUCCGGCCGUCUAUGAGGCCAUCCAAGGCCAUAUAAGCCCGUUGACUGGCAAACAGGUGCAGCUCAUUGCCGGCGGUGGAAUCUAUAACGGCCGGUCCCUGGCUGCAGCUUUGAUGCUCGGGGCCAGUGCUGUCUGGGUGGGCACUCGGUUUAUCUUAUCUGAAGAGUCUGGCGCCAGUCCCCAUCUUAAGGAAGCGGUACGGACAGCCGGCCAUGGUGAGAUCAUUCGGUCGACCAUUUUCAGCGGUCGUCCGAUUAACUCGCGUGCAACCCCAUAUCUCCGCCGAUGGGAAGAAGAGAGGCGGAAUGAGAUGCUCGACUUGCAGUCCAGGGGAAUUGUUCCCGUUCAGCAUGACCUGGAAACAAAGCCCGAUGAUGAUGAAGUGCUGGAAUACUCUAUGCCUCUUCUCAUGGGGAAAGUGGCUGCAGUGGUCGAGACCACACUGCCAGCUAAGAAGAUCAUCGAUGACAUGGUAGACCAGGCCGCCAUGUUGGUUGGGAAUGGUUCCAAACUGCUCGUGAAGCCCUCUGUAGCUAAGCUCUAG